GUACGCUUCAAAGGCAACCUAGCCCCGCGUCGAACAAAGUAUCGCAAAUCCCACAAAGGGCGAGUACCCCUCCCUUCGGGCGGAUCGACCAAGGGGACCACACUAGCUCACGGCUCCUACGGGCUUCGUUUGCUCGCUCCAGCAAGACUGAGCGCAAAACAGCUCGAAUCGGCGGAAGUUGCCCUCAAGAGACACUUGAAGGUACUCAAGGGAGCUCAGGUGUUCAUGAGGGUCUUUCCGGAUGUGCCCGUGUGCGUCAAGGGGAAUGAGACGAGGAUGGGGAAGGGAAAGGGAUCUUUCGAAUUCUGGGCCUGUCGUGCCGGGGUGGGAAAGGUCGUCUUUGAGAUUGGGGGACCGUUGGAGAUUAGGGAGGAGGUGGCCAAGGCUGCUCUUCGCCUCGCCUCGGCCAAGCUUCCCGUUCCCACCGAAUUCAUCACACAGGCCACGGGCCCCAGGCUGGGCAACGUCGUCCUCCCCACGCACGGGACGGCCGCUGAUGUAGUAGCAUCAGCA